AUGAGAUAUCUCACUCCAGGUCUCUCACUCACGCACAAAUACAUGGGACGUAUUUGUGGCACGGCAGGACAGACGAUGUGGAAUGGAAGAUACCGUGGAAGCUCAGGAGAGAAGGGGGAAGGGGGUGUCCGGUCCCCGCCAGCUGAAAAUGGGAAUGGACAGGUGGGAAAGCAGGAAAAGGUCACAUUCAAUCCAAUGGGUGGGUGGAUCUGGCUGGAGGGGGGGUCGACGGUCGUCUUCUCCUCGCUGGGAUCUCAAAGCGCACCCCCUCCCACAGGUAGGGAAUUAGAUGUGGGAGCAGAUGCUGGGGUCCCUGGUGGCAUUCUCCGGAACAGGGUCAAAGGAACAAGGUUAAGGCCGAUGGAUGAGCUGCCAGCCAGUUACUCAAAGUCUCAGAGGCUUCUUCUCCUGCAUGUAUCAUCCCGUGCCUCUCAGUAUGGGCGAAUACACCAGUAUUGUAUUCUUGCUCUGGUCAGUCUACGCACGUCGAAAUGGAUAGCGCCCGCCGGGAUCCCGUACCGCUCAGAGUCAGAUUUUGGCUCACUCUUUCCAAAAUGGGCCAAGUUUGCUUCUUCUUUGCCGGGUCUUUGCUAUCAUACAAUUCAAAUUCACGAAACGUCAAACAUGAUGAUGAAGUACACUGGCAGGCAGGGAGGGAAUUGCCAUUUCCCCAUCCUCCAGACAAUAGCCCAGACUCUAGAGGAGCACAAAGAGCUUCAGCCGCACGAUGCCCUGAGCAUCAAAGAGAGUCCGCAACUGUGUCGUACAAACUUCGACGCCAGCCAGAGAUAUGGCAGAGAGAAAGGGCAACGAGUGACGUCCGAUCAAGUACCCUGCGUCCAGUCUAGUCCGCGCCUAUCUGGAGCUCCACAAGGCUUCUCAUAUUCGACUCCAUAUCUCCGGGGUCUGGGCAGCACUCUCUGCAUUGACAGCCGCAUGACUGCAGCCAUGAUGAGCGAGCUAAAGGUGCACUACCUUGGGCGUACAAAAAACACGGCUCGGUCUCUGGAGCGCCCGCCCCAACACGUCUUUCACCCAGCCGCUGGUCGGAGCCGGCGUCAUGGCAUCAAGUGGAUGGUCCUGGCGUACCUAUCUGCCUACCUAGCUGCACUUGCCAAGACACCAGCCUGCGUCGGAAACAUUACACCAAGAGGCGCCCACCAGACAAUGUAUUUCGUUAUAGCAAUUCUCACUGAUUUUACCCACGGCAGCAAGCAAAAGAAGCAUGUCGCCUUCGGAUACACCAUGAUAUGCACAUCAUGUAUUUGUCCACCUUUUCCCGUACCCCCUGAGACCGUCCUCUCCACCCUAAAAUCUCUUCUCCAAUCGCCCGGUCCAGGAAGCUACGAGAUUGCCAUCUGCGACAAUCAUAGCCUUUCAGCCAACCCCGUCUCCUCGAUGCCUAGAUGCGGCCGCGACCAGGAGGGGUGUGGGUGGGGAAGACACUAUCCCAGCAAACCAAACCCAUCUCCUGCUGAGAAUGAGAUGCGAUACCCAAACCUACAAGGCAGACCCCCAGCCUCGAUAGCUUCUAGCCGGCUGCAGCUAGAGGGUCAGUAUCAAGUUUCGAUCGACCCAAACGAGAGGCAUCAUUUUCUUCCCAGUCCUUACCACAACUACCACCCUUUAACCAUCAUCACCACCACCACCACAACACAGAACCAAACACUAAGGGCACGCCAGGACCCUGCAAGCCGUGCAGGCUGGAUCAUGCUGCUACCGAGAUGCUCUGUGCUUUCUUUCUGCUUCAACAGCUCCAGCUUAGCCUAUCCGGAGACGACAAGCGAAACUGGCGGGACUCUUACCGAGCCAAAGGUCCCCAAGCUCCCCGUCCCAGGGCCUAUCGGGAGCUGCGUUGCUUUCCCAGGAGUAGUGUUAAAUCUCGAUCAACCGUGGGCUUCGUCGACUAUCCUGGAAGCCGACUGGCCAAGAAACUGUGCCUGGCUGUCUUCGCUUCGGGCCCGUGCUCUGUGGUACUGCGAACGAGCGGCUUUUGCGCAAGCCCUUUUGCUUCCUGUGUCUUACCGUGGCGUGAUGAUGGCCUCUGCCACUCACCCAAUGAACCUUGCCUUCCCACCGCUCAAAGCAGGCCGUCAUCUUAACCAAAGCCCAGGAAUUGCGGAAGACUCGAACCGGCCAGACGGUGCACUUCUGUUUCAACGGCGUCGCUUCUUCGCGAUAAUAUCCACAAUCCGCGCGAGACGGCUAGGGCAGACACGAUCAAGCCAUUCGCCUCCAAACGACCACCCUAGCAAAAUGGCCGUGAGCUCAGUGCCUAGAGGCCUAGUUGACAAUCGGGUCAAAAUACGAUCUAGACAAGCACCGCAUUGCUCUUGGCUGGAGGCUCUUGAGAUGCUGAUUACCUGCCGCAACAACCUUCAUCACCAACGAAAAAACUCAACAGAUUGGAUAAUCAAGAUUCAGCAGGCAUGUGCCGCCCACUGUGCCGUAUCCGAGGGACUUAACAACCACGAAAACCGUUUCGUUACUGCACUCCGGAGUUUCUUGUCUCCCAUAUGUAGUGCCUGCUGCCACGGGAGGCUAGGGCAAUUUGAUCUGCAACUACUCAACAUCAAAUGGCCCAUCUCCGAGGAAGUCGGCGUCUUUACGCCAAAUUCUCCGCAGAUUGUCCGAUUUACUGCUCGCUGUUCACGCCUUCCCUCGCCUCUGGAUAUUACAGCAAACGAUUUUUCGACAGGUGAAAAGGGGAGCUGGAGACCAUGGACCGGGCCGACAAGGGCCCAGCCAGCCAGCCAUACUCGACCGAGGGAUAAAGCGUCGAGCAAAAGCCCUGAAUUUCCCCUUCCAACCCCUGCCCCUGAUCCAAAUCCAGACGACGACGUGUGCUUCUAUCAUGUAGUCGUUGCAUUCCAAUGGAACAAGACUAGGGUGCUUCCGAACGUUAAGGAGAAAUGUAUGCAACCCCCUACCCCAGUCGCCCAGUCAGCAUUGAGCACUGGAAGCAGUUUCUUCAGGGCACGCAUUUCGAUCUCUGGAUACAACUGGGUCGCCUUUUCCAGCGAAACUAGGCACAGUUACCGUCACAUGCUCAAGAUUGUCUUCAACCGUGCCUGGGACUACUUCAUCCGGCUCUCGCCUCGAAGCUUGCUAUACUCUUCCGUUUUGAAAACAAGAUCUGAACAAGGUUUAGGAGGUGAUUCCCAGCGCAGAAACGUUGACCUCGUUACAAGUCGACACCCGCAUCUGCAAACUCUUCCUACCUUAAUCGCAAAUACGCCUGUGGAUGGUGCCCUCCAGCGAGCGUCAUAUUCAGGUCAUUCCGACGACGGACUGCUACUGCCGCACAACCGCUUUUUGACUUCUUUCCAAACGAACGAGUUUGUGGAUGGCGGCCUGAGCGAACGAACUGCAGUCCCAACGUUUCAGCAGAACCGCUAUCCGUCCAGCCUUAUCGAGCACCUCAACGUUGUCGAUCCGACAGUGUUCUCGACCAGCACUGGCUCUCCUACUCCUUACACCACCACCUGUGACCUAAGGCCCCGGCCCAUCUCCAUGAACGUUGAAGAUGUGACGUCGACGCUCGUCUCACGGCGAAUCGCCAAGCUUCUAGAACUCUGGUGUACCUUUCGUCUCAUCUUCAAGUUACUGAGAUUCUUCUUUAACAAGCAAAUCGCUGCUCAUGGUGACUGGUUCCGUGGAACGACACAUCCGAAGCCAAAGAAGAACCCCACGACCGAGAUCUACCCCCAAACGGUGAUGUCCCACAACGCGUCAAUGGAUGCGCAAUGGGACGGAUACACCAUUGUCCUCCAGGCUCUGGUCACCGUGUACCGGAUUCGGGCCGCACCUUGCCGCCCAUUCCGCUUUCCCUCCUCCACCGUCCCCGCGCACACGGGAACGAAGAGUGCUGCUGGGAACUCGGCACAGUACGGCAUGUCUUGGGACAACACAUCUUUCAAUCUUGAACUUAAUCGAGAAGAAGUUGAGGUUGUGGUGGUGCGAAUACUUCGACCAGGGUCCCGCAAGAAACCCUUACUUCCAGGACGAGGAUGGAAGUCCAAAACCCAACCAAGAGACACGUGGACGCCCUCUUGUUGUUCGUUCCAGUCGGUGCGUGUCGUAGUCGAGUCUUCGCUUUGGUCCAUUUCGUCUUCGGAUUUGCUGCUUUACUUUACACGGAGGAGUCUCGGAUCCGGGGGGUUGAGUGUUUGGGCUUAUGCACCCAUCACGUCCGACAUUAUGCCGUUCGAGGCCGGGGACCCAGAGGCUCCUUCUAAGUUCUGGAUGGGCACCCUCUGGAAGAACCUAGUGUCCAGAGAAGGGAGGGCGAACAAUUCGACCCAAAGUCAAAUAUCGACACAACGUUCUAACCCUACACAGGAGAAAAAACAUCAGCUCGGAAAGUCCGCGAGGACCGGUGCCAUGGGUGCCGCCCUCGUACCUGUGCUCCAGAGAGUUCCACGUAUGGGAGAUGAACCGCGACACAUCCUCAUCAAAAACACACACACGAAAACGACGAUACGGACAGAUCUCCGCCUUUUCACAGUGAUAUCUUGCUCCCUUUGCGGAGAACACGGCGUGCUUAUUCCUCGUAUUAUUCAUACCCUUCUGUCCCGACUCCGUAUUUUAGACAUUUUACAAGGAACACGACAUGGACGACGAUGA